AUGGCCGACGACGCUGAUGAGGUCAAAGUGUUCCGAAGUGCGGAUAUCGACGAGCUCGAUCCACAAUCGAGUCAUCAGUUGGCAGAAGAUAAGAAAGAUGUAGUUCUAGAAGCAGAACUGGAGAGCCGACCACCGGAGAAUUUAGUUGGUUCCAAAUCUGGCGCUUUCUCGAAGCCACAACCCUCCCCGGCAUUUAGUGCCUUAGGGUUCCCCCAAAUGGCGGCAUUCAGCCCAAGUUUCAACGCUAUGAUGAGUAAUCCUUGGCUGAUGAUGGGGACAGCGGCUUAUAUGAGACCACCAAUGUCUCCGUCCAUGUGUUUCAUGCCACAAGCUGCUGCCUUGAGUCCGUCUUUCAUGCAACUGCAGCACCUAAUGGUUGGUCCAGGGUCACCUUUAUAUGGUGCCAUGGCAGGUGUAAAGUUGGAGCCAGGUCUCAACCCAUUAGCUGCUGCAGCUCGUGGAAACCCAUUGAACCAGGUAAUGAACCAAAUGAGAAUGCCGUACAAUAAUGGACAGUCGGCUAUGUCGAAUAAUAACAUGCAAGAGCCUAACAUGCUCAAGAGAACAAGAGAUGGAAAGAUUAAGAAGGAAGACCAUAUUAAAAAGCCACUUAACGCCUUUAUGUGGUUCAUGAAAGAGAACCGACCGAAGAUGAUUGAGGAACUCGGAUUUAAGGAGAAGCAAAGUGCCGAAUUAAACAAAGAGCUCGGUAAACGGUGGCAUGAGCUCGGAAAAGAAGAGCAACAGAAGUACUUCGACUUAGCAAAGAAAGACCGUGAAGCUCAUAAAGAGAAGUAUCCACAGUGGUCAGCUCGUGAAAACUAUGCUGUUCAUAAGCGGAAGAAGAGGAGGAGAGAUAAAGCAGACGAUGGAGUUGAUUCCAAGAAAUGCAGAGCUCGUUUUGGAGUUGGAAAUGAACAUAUGUGGUGUAAAUUCUGUAGGCGGAAGAAACGUUGUGAAUAUUCAUAUGCCAAUAGUGAAGGAGGAAUGUCUUCCGAUCUCCAAGAUAGAGUUUCUGCCUCUGGAUCAUCGGGACCGUCACCUUUAACAUCGUCGAUGGGCGGACCUUCUCCUAUUGGUACAACUACCAACUCCCUGGAUCAUAACGCUUCUGACAGUGAAUCUGAUGGUGAUGAAGCAGAGGUUGAAGAUGGUGUCGAAGAAGAUAAUGACGUCACUUUAAGUCAUCAGGCCUUACAAGAAGUGGCUAACCAACAACAAAUGUUAGCACUAUGA